AUGAACAAAGAUGAGGCUCACGAAUACCUCUCGUCUCUCUUGAACCAGAACAUGCGCGUCUACACUACGGACGGCCGCAUGUUUCGGGGGAGCUUCAAAUGCACAGAUCCGGAUAGGAAUAUCGUGCUGGCAAACACGCACGAGUACCGACAGCCUUCAGAAGGGGAGCGUAGUGCUGCUGCGGCAAAUGCCUCCGGCGACUCCGUGACGCUGGACAUGACGUCUCGAUAUUUGGGCCUGGUGGUUGUUCCUGGGCACCAUAUUGUGAAGAUGGAGGCUGAGCAGUUUCUGAGUCAAAUGAAAUAGAAUGGCGCAAUGAGAACAAGGUCAACACGAAACCCUAUGCGCGACACAGCAACCGCAGGAGUUUUCGUUCCUUUUUCUUCUUUAACCUAAUCACUGGGGCGGCAUUGAGGCGGCGUUGAGGCUGGGUCUUUCUAAUCGGUUUCUCAAUCUAAAUCACAAACACACAAUAUAAUCACACAAUUCGUGUUCUUAAU